UCAUCGCCUACUAGAGAUAGGCUUGCAAUACACCUCCGGCACAAAAUAGCAGCAUAUGUGUUACUUGGUGCCUACAUGGUGCCUUUCUUUCGCAUUACGGGGAAGAGAGAAAAUCAAAGCAACUACCUUUGAGCAGAUCGCUUUUGCGUUCAUAACGAUGGAAGUCAUUUGUUAAUUUAAUUUUACUCGAUCGUCGUCGUCACCACAGCAUGGUGUUGUCGGUUGCACGCGUGAAGACGAAUCACUUUCCGGUUGUGGGUGCGCUUCAGCUGCCGCUGCUGCCCAUUCUUGGACGUCUUGUGCGAUGUGCGCGCUUCCGCAGAAACAGGAGACGACCAACGCCGACUUCCGGUAGACGGCGGGCGGCGGUGCUAAAGGUGUGACGAAGGAAGUCAUUGCCAAAGACAAACUGCCGGACAGUAGUGCUGCUGAGUUGGAAUCAGUACGGGAGUGAUUACGAUCCAGUUGAGUGCGAUGCGAUUCGCGAUCGGGUGGACGGUGGUGUGUCUUAUAGAACGCGCAGCUUAACGAUCGGUCCGCCGCUUGGCUUAGUGGAAGAAAACCCGUGUUUUUUAUUUCAAAUGGUUGCAAAAAACGAUGUGAGAAAUCCCAUUCCAGUUGCAAUUACAAGAGCAGUUUUGUUGGAGCCGUGUAGCAGGAGUUGAACGAAUGUUAUGACGACGAGUGGCAAUGCCAGCAACUGCUAGGAAGUGAUAAAAAGUAGCAAUGUGGGUUUUAUCACCUCAUAAUUAAUUUAUAGUGUCCAGGUGUGAACCAUAGAAAGCAAACGGUGCUUGAUCCUGCUUAAGAAUAACACAUAAUACGUACCUUCUGGAAUGGGGGAACAGUGAUUUUCAACAGGGGCAGUUGAUUAGAAGAUCACUAAUGCAAUAUAAUGGUGAUUAAGAAAAAGUUGUGCAAAAACACUAUUUUUCCCACUGGUUCUACUUCCGGCGGCGCAGCAAACUCGACACCGUCAGUCACAGGAGAAGCAGCGUCAACCAGAACAACUUCUUCGAAUGGCUCAGGCGUCGUAGUGGUGGGCCCAUCAGCUAGUUCCUCUGCCACCCCGCCCUCGGCAACCCGGCGUCAUUUGAAUCUUCCGUUGCUGCCGGUUCUUCCACCGAGAUCCACUGUGCAGAUAAGGCCAGAACCUCCCCCGCCAUACUGGGCUCACUAUCAACACCGACCGGUACUUCCUACGGCAGCUCCCCAUCUGCGCGCCAACACCGUCCGCAGUAGCAGCAGUAACAGUAGCCAAAGUUCCGACAGUAGUGCGGGUUCGCGCAACGUUGCACCGCCUCUGCCACCAUUAUCACCGCCUCCGGCAAAUAAUGCGCAACGAGCUCCAAUAUCAGCGCAAGCCGUUCGACAGCAGCAACAGGUGGUGGUGCCACAUCGAUCCCAUCGGCGGAAUAUUGUUGGCGGUGGCAUUCCGGAACAUAGGAACCCCGAAGGACCAGCUAGGCUCCAUCGGUACAACAUUGCACACCAUCAGCAACAACAAUUUCCCCAGCAGCGGUCACGGAUUAAAGAGCACUUGUUGAGUCAAGAUGCAUUCUGUCCGGAUUUGGUACGUAAUUGCAAGAUUACAACUGACCCACAAUACGGGCAAGACACCUCCACCCAGUCGCCUGAGCCUGCACCAAUCGCCAGAUCUCUCACAUCUCACGACCAACCUACAGCAAACGAAGAUCAGGACGUCUACGUAGAGAUAGAAGAACUGAACCAAAAUCUGUCCUCGGUCCACAUUGCAUCAGUAAAUGCGACAAACGCAAUUCCAAGCGACGUCAACGGAACGAAACCUGAGGAUAGUACUACGGCUAAGAACACUGCGUCCAUCUGUGAUAUGGGUCAAAACCUGAGCAUUCGAAGGCCGAAGAUUUCACUCACAUGGGUCCUACGUGAACAAGCACAACAACAACAACAACAAGUUCCCACGCAAAAUCAAUCACAAUCGGGAAGUCAAUCAAGUGCUACUAGCAGUGAAAGUUAUCGCAAUCAGCAUCAACACCAGCAUCACCCAUCGACUCAUUCUCGAAGGUCCUCACCAGUUAGAACCAUCCUUGCUAAUGGCUCCGCUCCAACUGUUACUUCAGUUCCCAAUGGAAACGUGCCAACCAGGAAGAAGUCUCGUGCACGAAGUAAGGAGCGACUAUUUAGUGAAAAAUACGUCAGCGAUAACAAUCUGACAGAGUACCAUGCCGAGAAACAGCAUAAGGCUUUUCAGGUUUUGAACGGUUCAGCGCCACCUUCAACAGAACACCACGCUAAUGGAACCACGUAUCAUAAUGGAAUCUAUCGGAAGAGUAAUAGAAGCUACAGGAAAAACAGUGAUCGGUUGAAAAAGAAGGAAAGGUCUUUGAUCUACCCGAACCUUGUUCAAAGCGAGACUGUAGACAUUCUUCUGAACAACAACAAUAAUAACAGUAUUAUAAUAAACUUGAACCAGGAGGAUCAACUGCUCAAGGACAAACCGGCGGCAAUUUGCCUGAAGAACACCCAUUCGGAACCGUCGCUCUACACGACUGUUUCAGAACCUUCGUCUUCAAAAAAACAUCGCCACCGUCGUCGUCGGGAGCGAUACCGCUCGCAACGGUUUGGCUAUGAAAUUCAGAACGUGGAUGAGUUUCUGUCCAAAUGUUCCCUCUCAUCGCCAGGAAAUAUUCCGGUGGUGUUAUCGUCGGCGGCCACCUUGUAUCAAACGCGACCUGGCAGUUAUCAAAUCGAGAUUCCACUGCCAUUGGGGAUGGUCGUCAACGCAGUGUUCAAAAACCAGAACUGGCUGUACGUGCAGACUCCGCACGCUGAGGAGGGCUAUGUUGCAUACGAAACGUGCCUUCCGCUGGGCAUCCUACCACCAAACCAAAGAUCCAGCUCAACGUCGAAGCCGACACCGUGCUGGGAAUCGAACAAGGACGUGUUUCCCCGCCCAAGCGGUAACCUGACCGAUAGCGAGAAGGAAAUCCAACAACUACGUGGAGGAACCCGCUCAGAAGGUCGACGAACACCGCGCCUCAAGCGAGGUAGCAAUAACAGUCGAAGCGCAGCGUCGAUUACGUGCAACAGUGAGAAGUACCUUGAUUCGUUGUACCUUCGGGUGGCGAACCAACCGAAGUCCAUCGAUUCCCAAACUCAAUUUGCUCAACUCAAACUAACUACCAAGGUGCUGCAGAGUAAUCCGCCGAACCAACUAGAGAAAAAACUGUCCAGUAACGGCAGUGAAUACGGUCAUCUGCAGCAGAAGCAAGCGACAACCCAGCAGAAUCCGUUCCACCACCAUCACCACCACAAGAUUCUGGUCAAAAGCGGAAGUGGCAGCGGUAGCGGUGGAAGCGGUGGUUCCGGCGGCAGCAGCAUUCUCAAUGGUGGACACUACCAUAAGACUGUCAAAGGCGCUAGCUAUAAUAGUAACAACUCUAACGGAAGUAACGGUAGCUGUAGUAAGUUAGUCAACGGAAAUAGUGGUAGCAAUAAUUUGAGGGCGACGGCAACGGCCGCUGUUCGGCAAACGUUGCUAGCCAUCACCGAUAAUUACUGUUCGGAAUCGGUGAACGUCCAGAAGGGUGAUGUGGUUACACUUCUUGCUUGCAAAGAGUACCAAGAGAAAGGGCUGCAGAAUUUCAAACAGUGGUUCUUUGUGAGAACUCGCGACGGUCACGAGGGGUACAUUCCAGCCGAGACCGCUGGGCAUGGUUUUUUGUAGAGCUGUAAGCUGUAAUUAUUAGAAUGGUACUAUUAGAGUAAACAGUUGACUGGUAGAACAAGCGUUGUAUAAAUUAUUAGUCGUGUGCUCGUAUACUUAGGUUGAAUAUAAUGUUGUUCUUAAGCGUUAUUUGUUCACAACCAAAUAAUAUCUAAAUUAUGCAUGAAAUAGAAUCAAAAAAUCUGGAAGAA